AUGCAAAAUGCUAUCCUCCAUUCUUGUGUCCCUCCGGCCCACACCUUCAACAAUGUGAGCACAUUGAAGAAUAGGUCUGGUGAUGUUGAGAUGCUUGAACAGAGGAAAUCUGCCAGUUACCUGUUCACCUACCAGUCUGGUGGGCAUACUAGUCAGAUUGACUACAUUUUUGCCAGAAAACAUGAAAGAUAUGCCAAAACUUUCCCAGGUGAAGAAUACACCCUUCAACAUAGGAGUAAAAAAGAAAGAAUAUCAAAGCUUAACUUUUUUAUUGAAAGAUUGCAGUGGUUCAAAAAUGAGUUGGAAAAUUGUGAAGGUGCAAUUUCUCUGUCAGAACAGACUAAAUUGGUGAUCAAGUACCUGGAAAGGUUUCAAGAUGAACUGGAUCAGAUAAAGAUUAUUAAUAGCAUCGGCAAACGGAAAGGUGUUCGCCAUGCUUCUCGAGAGGCAUCAAUUAAGAUGACCAUCGAUAUGGAAAGAGCGCAGUUCAAAGGUGAAGGUCUUGAAAUUCCAGAUUUGUUGAAUCCGGAUAAUGUGUCAGUACUGAAGAGCUGGGACGGUGAAUAUAGCUUCAUCCCAAAGAUUAAAACUACAAGAGUCUCAUCAAGCAAGGUGUGCAUGGACAACAUCCGCAGCAGUGAUACAAAAGACAGAAAUGGUGGUGACGACGAUAAGAAAUUCAGCGAGAUGAGUGAGGAAUUGGAUGAUAGCAAAAAUAAUGACAAUAUGUUGCUUGGUGACAGUGAUGAUGAUGAUGAUGAUGACUAUCACCACAAUGAGGAUGAUGAUGAAGAUGACAUACUGGCUUCAGAUACAGAGUAAGAAAGGACAAGGGGGUGGAUAGUGGUAAGAGGUCGACAAGGGUGAUUGAUGAAUUGGUUGUAUUGGAAGAGCUAAACCUGGCUCUGAAAGCCAUGGCUUCUGCUUUUGAACGAUUGCAAGUGUCUAAAGUGUAUGUGUGUGUAUAUGUAUACUACAUGGGCAUACACAUACAGUUAUAUGUAUGUAUAUGUAUAUUUAUGUGAGUGAAUAUAUAGAUAUUUAUAUAUAGAGGCAAUUAUGUGGAUAAGCAUGAUUGAACGCUAAUACUUUUGAUUUCAAUUAAAGGGAGGAAAGGAACUCAGAAUGAGGGUCUUCCUGAUGGAAAGAAGGAAGUGAGGGACGAAUUGCUAUUAUUUUGAUACAGUUCUAUAUUUAAGAGAUGAGGAAUUAUGUACAUUAUUUACAUUUGAUGGAUAUUAGUCCUCAUCUUGUUUGUUGUUAAGACACCUGAUGAAGGCUGGAGGGUAUAUCAGCCGAAACGUGUUAACAACAAACAAGAUGAGGACAAAUAUUCGUCAAAUGUAAAUAACGUACCUAUUAUUUUGAUAAGAAGAUAUAAUUCAUCUGAAUCAUAAGGGAAAAGGAUAUGGUUAAAUGUCUUGUUAUAAAGACAAAGAAUUAAUCCUAAAAGGUUGAAUGAAGAGAUGAUUAAUGAGACUCUUGCUAAUUUGUAAAACUUAUAAACACAUUCACCGGUUAUUUGUCUACAUUUUAGUUCAAUAAAUAAACAUCAACUCCUUUUGAAAAAGAAAAAGAAGCAAAAUAUUGGCAAACAACAGUUGGAUUGUUUGUGGAAUUUAUUAAGUUUGACUUCUUCCAAAUCCAACAAACACUCUUGCAUUUCUAAUGUUUCACACUAAAAUUCCUGCAAACAAAUUUCAUCAUCGUCAUCAUCAUAUAGUCAUUUGUGUAUAUAUUUAAUUACUCUAUACACACUUGUAUGUAUAGAGUGUAUGCAUGUGUUUACAAUAUGAAUAUAUGUGUAAGUCUAGAUGAAUCUGUAUAUUUAUGUAUACAUUUACUGUAUAACUAUUCAUAUAUAUAUACACAUAUAUAUACACACACACACACACACAUAUGGAUGGGCAUAUAUGUACAUGCGUGUGUAUAUAAUAUUCAUUGAAUAAAUACAAACAAAAUAAAUCAAUAGUUGGAUUACUUUCUC